CGUACAUUCACUUCAGCAUAUAGGCCCAUUGCCCUGCCCGUUGCUAACCGUGCCUCGCACGCAAAGGGGACCUGAUCAGCUCGCGGUAUUUCCACUCGACAUGCGCCCUCCACCUCGGUAGCCUCACGCGUCUCUUCACCGAAAAUGGCCGCAGGCUCAGCGACGCCCUCCGCCGUGGGGCCGCCCACGCAGAAAGUCAGCGAAGUCAUAUCGAGCUUCCGCCCGUCGAGACGAUUCAGGCCGGACGACUCCAAGACCUCAGUCACGUCUCUCGACUUCGACGACAGCGGCGAGCUUGCGAUUGUAGCUCGCGACGAUGACACGCUGCAGAUUUACAAUUGCAAGGAGGGCAAGCAUGCGAAGGAGCUGAAGAGCCAGAAGUAUGGCGUGCAUCUGGCGCGCUUCUCGCAUCAUGCGCAGAGUGUCGUAUAUGCCAGUACGAAGGUAGACCACAACCUCCGCUUCGUCUCCACCCACGACAACUCCUACAUCCGCUACUUCAAAGGCCACACCGAGACCGUAACCAGCAUCUCCCUGUGCCCGUCCUCAGACAACUUCCUCUCCUGCUCCACCGACAACACCGUGCGCCUCUGGACGCUGCAAUCCGGCAACUACCAAGGCAUGCUGAAGCUGCACGCGCCCUACCUCGCCACUUACGACCCGUCCGCCUCCGUCAUCGCCGUCGCCUCGCCCCCGACGCACUCCAUCCUGCUCUACGACCUGCGCAACUACGACAAGCCGCCCUUCGCGACCUUCGACAUGCAGGCGCUCGAGCAGCGCUUCCUCGGCGGCGGCGGCGGUGGCUGGUCGCGGCUCGAGUUCACAAACGACGGCAAGAGCCUGCUCGUCGGCACCACGGGCGCCGGCCACUUCGUCCUCGACGCCUUCUCCGGCGACAUCAGCCACUUCUGCUACCGCAAGGGCGGGCCGAGCGGGCGCGCGGCGCCCGGGUAUGCGGGCGGGACCUCGACGCCCGCGGGCCAGGGCGACGUGUGCGUGAGCCCCGAUGGGCAGUUUGUGGUGGGCGGCUCGGGGGAGGAAGGGCUGCUGGUGUGGGAUAUCAGCAAGGCGCCGACCGCCGAUAAUGUGCUGCAUCCGACGACGGACCUCCCCGGGCAGGGCAGGGCGGCCGUGGUGGGGUAUAAUCAGCGGCAUAAUCUGAUUGUGAGCGCGGAUAAAGAUCUUUUGCUGUGGCAGCCGGAUCCGGAUGCUAUGUUGUGAGACUAUUGGGGGUUUCGGCGUUGGUUGGGCAGGGGAAGUUUGACGAGCGGGUGUUGGGUGUCAAAAGCGUUGAGAAGUCGUUUUAAUUUGGGCGUGCGAGGAAUUGCCAUCUUAAUUGGACUGUUGGUGGUAUAUUGGGGCCACCUCAGGCAGCGUCAUCGUGAACUAUGUCUAAGUUAGGCUAAAUCAAGUAUUAUAUCUGCUACAGAUUUUUCCAGUAUGUAGGGAUACAGUUCCUGGAUAGACGCUUGCUCACCACUGUCUGGAGUGCC